ACGUAACGUCGCGGCGUCGGCUGGGAGCAGCGGGUGACAGCAGCGGAUCAGGGCCGAAGAUAAACAAAACAAAACGGACGGAAAAGAGCGAAAACCCCGCGGAGCUCUGCGCCGAUUUCCCCCCCGCGUCAUGCGUAACGAUGUUCUGACGCGUCUCCACUUCCGCUAACGCAGCCACGUGACGGCGCGCACCUGUGAGGCCAAACGGGGUCACCGAGCUAACGCUUGCUAGCUUAGCAGGCUAGCUACCUGGAGCAGCCAUGUCGUCCCCCUCGUCCUCCUCCAGGCGCCAGUGGUGCUACCUGUGCGACCUGCCCAAGAUGCCCUGGACCGUGGUGUGGGACUUCAGCGAGGUGGUGUGCCGCGGCUGCGUCAACUACGAGGGGGCGAACCAGAUCGAGUUCCUCAUCGCGAGCGCCCGGCAGCUGAAGCGCAGCCACGGGAUGCAGGACGGCAGCGUCAGGUCGCCCGGUCCCUCGCCCAACAAGCACGGCUCCACCGGGAGGGGGGAGGCGGCGGGAGACGGGGGCAGGCCCCAUGCGGACCGCUUCGACCGGGGGGGCAGAGCAGAGGGCGCCGCUGUUCGCGUGCCGCCCAACGGGCUGCACCGCGACGGGCAGCCGCCUCCCGAGCUGAACCGCCAGAGCCCCAGCGGCAGCCGGAGACCCAUGCUGGGGGCUGCCAUCCCUCCCAGUCUGGUGACGAGCAUCGCAGGGAUCCCCCACGGGCUACUCGCGGGCAUGCCGACUGGUCUCACCGCCAGGACAGCCCCCAUGAGCAGCACCAUGAUCUUCCCCGCCCCGGUGCUGGCCGAGAUGAGCCGCAGGCAGCUGGGUAUAGGGAUGGGGAUCGCCCCCUUCAUCACCCCGGAGCUGGAGCGGGAGCUCAGCUCGUCUCAGAAUCAGCCCAAGACCCAGACCCAGGUCCACACUGUGGCCGGCAGCAGCAAGAGCGCCGGCCUCCCCACCUCCUCGUCCUCCUCCAUGGCGGGAGGUGUGAGCCAGACAAGCCCCAAGCCGGCUUCGUCUCCAGCCAGGCAGCCGCGCCCCCUCACCUCCAGGUCCGGUGCGGAGCUCCUGGGCUCCAGCUCCUCAGCAGAGGCGGCCACCACGGCUGCGGCGCUACCCCACAGCGGAGCCUCUGAGCUGGGAUCAGCGACCACCAGCGGCACCCUCUCUACAGGAAACACCCUGUCCUGCACCUUGUGUCAUGAGAGGCUGGAGGACACACACUUUGUCCAGUGUCCAUCAGUGCCAGCCCACAGGUUCUGCUUCCCGUGCACCAGGGUGUACAUCCAGAGCCGGAGGGGAGACGGGGAGGUGUACUGCCCCAGUGGAGAGCGCUGUCCGCUGGAUAACUCUCCCAACAGCCCCCCUUGGGCCUUCAUGCAGGGAGAGGUCUCCACGAUACUGGGCACUGGUGGAGCAGGCCCUGCAGCAGCUCCUGCACCUGGAGCCGGGUCAGGGCCCGGACCUGCUCCUGCCAAUACGUCCGGGCCAGGGAGCGGAGGCGGAUCUGGGAACGGAGACAUCGCUGUUAAGAAAGAGAGAGAGACGUGAUGGGGAUUUCCAUUGAAGCCAAGACCCAACACAGCAACAGGCAGAGUCGUAUCCCACACCACGAGGAGAAGGCUGAUCUGCACCUCAGACAUCCAGAGGAGUAAACACAGCGACUCACAGUAAAACUCCACUACACAGGUCUAAUCUCCACCUACUCACACAACCCCCACCCACUUGUUCAGACUGGAGUUGCAUAGGCUGCCUUCACAAAUUGUCAUUACUGCUUUUUAUUUUUGUUUUUAAUUAUCUAAACAAAGGUCGACUUCGCCAACUUCUAAUGUAAAUUCAGGCAUUCUGAUAUAAUGAGAAUGUGAAAUCAAUUGUCUCGGUGCAUCCUGGACGGCCGGAGCCCCCCCCCCCCCCCUCUGGAAAAACAGCACAGAUCUUUAUCAAGACAGUGAAUGUGUGACUGAGUAUAUCCAUUCAUCACCAUCCCAUAUUCUGGACCAAUCAACAACUGAGCAGUGGCUACUUGUGUAGAGUUCACAGUGGCUGGUUCCAACAGGUGAUUGACUUCACCAGCUUUCAGCAAGAUGUCCCACUUUUCUACAAAGAAAGCAAAAUCUUCCAGAUGCACUUUAAUAAGCAAACAUCAACACAACAGAGCUGAAUGUCUCAAUUUGUCUCCCUAUGGCCACACAUUCAUUAAUCUGUCCUGGUUUUCACAAACUGGAAGCUGUUUGUGUGAGAGGCGUUCACAUGUGGAUUUGACUCGCUGGAGUUCAGGAGGCAGGAUGUUAAUGUCAUGGAUGUGUCUGCUCGCCGGCUGUGAUUUCUUUAGACGAUCCUCUGCUCUAUUCAAACAACCGACUCGAUCAGACAUUAGAUGUUAUGCUCUGUGACCUUUGCUUUGAUGCGUCCACCUCCUCCAGGUUAUGUCUAGAAAGGUUCAGGGCGUUAGUGCAUGUGUCAAAGAAGCCCUGAGCUGGGAUUGAUUUUAUCUGCUCAUGGUAGCUAGCUCUAACUGCGUCCUGUAGCUUGUUGGGGAUAUUUUCUGUUUCAUAUAACCCUUCCCACACUCGCACUAAGUAGCCCCUGUCCAGUGUUAGUUGUUAACGGUUCAUUCAAUAUUGUGUUUGCACGAGAAAGCACAAAAUCGUCAUUGGUUCCAACACGAACAUUACAAAUGCAGUAGCCCCGGUUGUUGUGUAUCCUCGUUAAUGAACAAACUGGCCUAAGGAUCUGUCUAAGACAAAAAAGACAUUAUUUUAAACAUUUGUGCUUAAUUGACAAGAAAUUGACAGCAGUGACAGCAGCGUGUAUCUGAAACACAGAUAAGACUGAAUCAAUGUCCUGGUGUAUUUUUCAAACUAAUUGAAAAGAAAGAACUCCACGAAAACACGAGCUGCUCGUGCAAACCCACUCGAGCUGGGGACAGGAAAGCCAGUUUCUCUCUGGGUUGUUUUUAUCGUCCACUUUAAGCGAAGCUGACUUUGACCCAGAGAGACGAGAAUGUUUGCUGAGCAGAAACAAGCGGUUUGUGUGUCUGAGCAUCGAGCAGCAACACAAACUCUGUGUUUCAUACACGAUGCAACCCAGCGUACGCUGUACCCCGAAUGUAUAUGAAGAUAUCUAUUGAUAGACCUAGGACUAUAUUUUUUACUAGAAUAUUAAAUGUUCUAAACUGUAUAGACCCAUAAUAGUAUGUAUGUGCAAUCCUUAGUCAUGGUAUAUGCAACAGUUUGGAAAAUGUAAUUAAAGACGACUGCGUCUCAUUUCUUAAACCCUUUGUUUUUUAAAGGGAGAACCCACCUACAACGAUUUAAUACCCGUUUCUCUCAAACAAGAAAACUUCUAUUGAAUCACUAUUCAUAAGAACAUUUGAACUUUUAAUCUUAGACAAAGUUUGUUUAGUUUGCUUUCCUUUCAUACUUAAUAAUUACAGAUGUUCCACUACCAUUUUUCCUUUCCUGAUACCGAUUCUGAUACUUCAAAAUGUAUAUAUAUAUAUAUAUACAUACAAAAUGUACUUUAACAGCUGUAUGUUUAUAACCAAGAACGAAAAAAUCACACAGAUGAGUAAAUAUAGGAAUUACUUGCUUUGAAUAUCUGGUAAAGUGCACUUCCACCUUGGAAUAUUUCCAAAUUGUUGACAUAUUAUCUCGCUCCACUACAUCACUGGAAAUCAAUUCCUCUCGCAGCUCAAAAACAUUUCAGCGAACAAGUCUUCUAAUCCUAUUUGUCACAUUAAAAUAGACAAAUUACACUUUAAAUAAUUUCCUAAAUUGAACAAUCCACCAGUUAAGUCUCCACAUAUUACCAGGGAUUAGUUUUUUGGUGGUUUCUCUCUUUAUGUGUGCGUGUACUCGCCCGUACACACACAAACCAAAGGUCAUUUUAUGUCCAACCGGAUGUUUCUGGAUGUAAAUGUUUUAUGAUAAGAUUUAUAUAUAUUGCUAUAUUUCUUGGCCAGGUCGUCACUGGCUCCCUUCAUCAAGCCGGUAGAGUACACAGGCGGAUGCAGGUCCACUGUUCCUGUGGGAGUUUACAUGUAAGAGUCUACAGUAUUGAACAGAAACCUAAUCUAGGCCUUCGAUACUGAGAGAAUCUCCCACUGAGGAGGUGUGUCCUCCAGAAAUGUCCUUUGAAGAAGUGGAAUUUAAGUUUAAUAUGCACUGAUACAUCAUGCAAUCCCUUGUUAAGUGCCUUUUUUAAAUGUUUACCGUCUGUGUGUGUGUGUGUCUCUGUAUAUGUGUGUGCGUGUGUGUGUGUGUGUCUGGGAACCUCAGGGGAAGUAGAGUGCAAUGGCUUUUUUAUUGUCUCGUCAAUGAUUAACCUGAAUCUGUUUCCCUUCAAUCGCCAUAAGACGGCUUUUGCUUUUAUCAGAAGCCUUUGUAAAAGUAUGAAGGCCGUCCUUUGUUUGGAUAUGGUCUCUUUAUCUCUCUCUCUCUCUCUCUCUUUCUGUUUCUUUUCAUUUGAUAUUUUUAGAUCUGUUGGUUUUAUUGUAGCUUCAUGUACAAAAUAGAAACCAGGAAUAAAUGGGAUGGAAACUUG